AUGCCUUCCUUUCGAAGCAUGCCCGAUCUAGCUUUAGAAGGAUUUCUGUAUGCUCUAUUAUUAUUAGUUGCCGUUCCCGCUAUCGGCAUAGUAAUUGGCAUGGUGUGCUUCAUGGUCUUUCUCGUCACAUCCAUCGUCAGUUGGUUCGGUACCGACAUCUGGGAAGCCCUGGAGAAGGCAUUCGAUGAACAAAAACAACACCGGCUUGCCACAGCCGCGAAUUCGAUCUCGAAGAUGUUUUCCUCUGAUGAGGAAAAAACAAAACAACUUGCCUUUCUCGAAAAAAAGAAGGCCCUCCUCCACGAGGGUAUAGUUCUGGCGCAACGAGACGUUUACCACGCCGAGGAGAUUGAACGUUCUUCGAAAAGCGAAUCGGUACCUGCACAACAAGCAAGACUCCGCAAGCACCAACAAGGGUCAAAAGAGGCAUCUGAUGAGCUGUUCAAAAGUUGGCGGAAAUACAAAACUCUCCUUGAGGAAUGUCCGAAGGGUGCUUGGAUCCGCGAGGAUGAGAGGAAUCAGUCGAAGAAGCUGGCUUCACGAGAAGAACAGGCGACAUGUAAAUACCGACAAGGCUGCUGCGCGUUUGAGUGUGGUUGCUGUGAGAAAAUUCGAGCGUUCACAGAAGCCCAACGACAAAGACCCGAGAUUUACUUCCACGCUCAUUGCACCUCAGACUGUUCAUGUUGCCUUCGCCGGGAUUUGCGAACAUUUAGUUGUGAGCCUGAAGGUGAUGAAAUCCUUCUUUGA